AUGGUCGUAACCGGGCAUUGGAUUGAUAGCAACUGGAGAUUACAGAAACGGGUUCUCAACUUUGUGCACGUCCCUCCUCCACGUCGGGGCAUCCAAAUUGCGGAUGCUAUUUUCAAAUGUUUAACGGAUUGGGGAAUUGAGAGUAAGAUUUAUACAAUCUCAGUCGAUAAUGCCUCAAAUAAUGACAGUGCACUAAGAUGUUUGAAGGACACUUUCUCCAGAAACAAGUGUCUAUUAGCAAAAGGAAAGUUAUUUCAUACAGAUGGAAGACGCUUGCAAUUUGCUGAAAUUGUACGCCAACUGCAGUUGCCAGAAAAAAUGCUAAUUUAUGACUGCAAAACAAGGUGGAAUUCUACUUAUGAGAUGCUGACUUGUGCAUUGAAGUUUCAAGAUGUUUUUCCAAGAUACAGAGAUAGAGAGCCAAAUUAUGAUUUCUGUCCAACCACAGAAGAUUGGGAAAAGGUUUCAAAAGUGUGCGAUAUUUUAAAAGCUUUUUGGACAGCAACUCAUGUGAUAUCUGGUAGUGAUUAUCCGACAGCAAAUUUAUAUCUAAAUGAAGUUUGUCGGAUAAAAUUGCUACUAGAUAGUAAGGUUGAUGAUGAAGAUGAUUUUGUCCGGUCAAUGGUGCAAAAGAUGAAGCUGAAAUUUGAUAAGUACUGGGGAGAAUGUAACUUAUUAAUGUUUAUAACAGCUAUUUUGGAUCCCAGAUGCAAGAUGAGGGUCAUAAACUAUUGCUUUCCAUUACUUUAUCCUCCACAUGAAGUGCAAAGCAAUAUAGGCAAGGUUCGACAAGCCUUGUAUGACCUAUAUGAUGAAUAUGUGGAGAUACAUGUUUCAGGCCAAAGUGGAUCAUCUUCUCAACUACUAAUCGGCAGUGAUCACCCAACCAAGAGCAGUAGUAGUGCAUCUUCAUCAGUGUCUCAUGUUUCGGGUAUGAGUGAAUUUCUGACCCAUAUUGCUACCGUUGAGAGUGUUCAACCCAUCAAGAAUGAGUUGGAUACCUACUUUGAAGAUGGUCUCCUCACAGCUGCAGAUGAUUCAACGAUAGACAUCGUGAAUUUGGAUGCCUUGAAGUGGUGGAAAGACACGACAAAAUACAAGAUUCUUCCCAAGAUGGCUGCUGAUAUUUUAGCCAUUCCAAUAAGCACUGUAGCUUCAGAAGCUACAUUUAGUGCUGGAACCAGAGUAAUCGACUCUACCGUGCUUCCUUGGCUCCAGAAACUGUAG